ACUAACCUGACCUGAGACAGAAGAUCGCCGAGAUAGAGCAGAGCCGGGGCCGGACAUCGAACGCAGACGCCGAGCCUUCGGGGUCCCCGGACAACAUGAGCCCUAGCCUGGACCCUCCGUGGACAUCACCAUGCCCGUGGACGCCCUCCCUGCCCCCAGGAUGACGCACAGCCCUGACCCGCCCAGCCCUGACCUGGAACACACCACUGGCAACCCCCUGGGGGGCUCCCUCAGGAGCACCCUGUUUUCUAGCCUUAAGUUUCUCCUGGCCUGGGCCUGGUCCCAGCUGUGGAGGGUGGGAUUCCAGCCCAAGCCUGGAAGAGAAGCAAAGCUUGUGAACCCUGAAGCUAAAGCUGAGGAGGAGGAGGGCCCCUUUGUCCAGGCUCCAGGACCUAGGCCUGAAGUCAGAAGAGCUCAGGCCAGCUCUAGCCUCGUGCCCUGGGCUGGGCAAGAGAGGAAAGAAGAUGAUGAAGGAGCCACUGAAGGCCCAGCCCACCUUAGGUCUGGAGAACAGAAGGUCCAUGAUGGAGCAGCCAGGAGAGAGAAGCCUGGUAGUAGGCCUGCAGGCCUGGCCCAACAAGAUGAUGGACAGGGGGAGGAGGGAGCAGCUAAUGGCCUCCGCAUGGGACAAAGGAGCCACGAGCCUGGAGAGAACAAGGUGAAUGAGAAUGAAGGAGAGAAAGAGGUGGGAGGUGAGAUGAUGCCAGAGGCCCCAGGAUCAGCCGAGCAGAGCCCCCCUUCCCUUGUGGAUGUAGGCCUUCAGGGACUCUGCUCUUUGGCCUGGCAGCUCAGAGAAGAGGCAGAGGAGAGGGGAAUGGGGGGAGCUGAAGAAGGUGAUGGUGAAGGAGGAGCAGGCAGCCAGCCUCCCCCUGUGCUCACCAGCCCCCUGCUCAGGGCCUGGGCCUACAGACCUGGAGAGGAGGAAGAUGAGGAGGAGGAAGAAGUGUCUGAUGAUGAAGGAGAUGAAGAUGAGGAAGAUGCAUCUGAUGAGGAGGGGGGAGCAGUCAGCCAGCCUCCCCCUGUGCUCACCAGCCCCCUGCUCAGGGCCUGGGCCUACAGACCUGGAGAGGAGGAAGAUGAGGAGGAGGAAGAAGUGUCUGAUGAUGAAGGAGAUGAAGAUGAGGAAGAUGCGUCUGAUGAGGAGGGGGGAGCAGUCAGCCAGCCUCCCCCUGUGCUCACCAGCCCCCUGCUCAGGGCCUGGGCCUACAGACCUGGAGAGGAGGAAGAUGAGGAGGAGGAAGAAGUGUCUGAUGAUGAAGGAGAUGAAGAUGAGGAAGAUGCGUCUGAUGAGGAGGGGGGAGCAGUCAGCCAGCCUCCCCCUGUGCUCUCCAGCCCCCUGCUCAGGGCCUGGGCCUACCAGCCUGAAAAAGAGAAUGAGGAGGAGGAAGAUGCCCAAGGAGAAGCUGUGUGCAGGGUGGGCCUAGGGCUGCAGCUCUUCCGUGUUUCCAUCUUUGUUCCUGGGGCUGAGCAGCCACCCCCCUGGCCCUCUCCCCAGCUGCCCCAGAGGCUGAAGAGACGCCUUCGCCCUCGAUGGACACCUGUGGAGCCAGAGCCCGAGCCCCCACCGGGCAGGAAGGUCCGAUUCUCCAGCACUGUGGAGCUUCACCUCCUGGCAGUAUGGGCAGGUCCAGCCCAUGCCGCCCGUCGGGGUCCAUGGGAGCAGCUGGCACGCGAUCGGAGCCGCUUUGCUCGUCGUAUCACCCAGGCCGAGGCCCAGCUGAGCCCUUGCCUGUGCCCAGCCUCUCGGGCCCGAGCUUGGGCCCGUCUCCAAGCCAUGACCAUUUCCCCAGAGCCUCCGAAGUCCUCCUCUCCACCUGCUGCAGCCCGAUCUUCCCCUCAGGGUGGGGCCCUGGCCCCUAGUGGAGCCCCGCUCCUCCCACCCAAUCCAUAGCUCUGUCAAAGUCGGCCUCGGCCUAGAACCCUAGGAGAAAGCCCAGGCCCAGGCCUUGUUCAGCCUUCUCUUCCCCUUCCCUGCCUGUAGGCGAGUGGCAUAUAUGUGUGCAGAGCCUUCUUGAGGUCUUAUUGGGGGGGGUCGAUUGGGAGACUGUGAGCUCCAGGAGGUCAGGGACUGUUUGGUUACCCUUGUCUUUAUCCCCGAUGACUCACACAGUAAGCAUUUAAUAAAGAUUUGUUGAGCAGUGGUU